UUGUAGUCUUUGGUUAACAUUUUGACAAACUGAAAUCAUAAAAGAAAAGAAGUGGAAACGAAGACAAAUUCAUUAUAAACGUACACAUACCAAAUUAUAAUAAUUACAAAAGUGAGCUAUGAAAGAUUGCGUAGAAGAUUAGAGCUUGUUUCAAAUAUUAGUGAGCCACACAGCAGACAUGUUUGUUUACGAGUACAUGUCCGGGCUCGCCGAGACGAUAGGAGGAGAUGAGGACCAGGAUAAUUACGACCCUCAUCUGCACAGGAAAGUGGAGAAACCCACCACUUACUCUGAAACCCUCAUGCACAUGCUAAAGGGCAGCAUAGGAGCGGGAAUCCUGGCCAUGCCCGAGGCUUGCCGACGAACCGGCGUCCUCUGGGGCAUAAUCGGCAUCAUUCUAAUUGGAGUCUUUGCCACCUACUGCAUACAUAUCCUCAUAAAGUCCCAGUACGUAAUCUGUCGUAAGAAACGCACUGGUUACUUGUCGUACCAGAAGUCUAUGGGGAUUGCCGCGGAGACGGGCCCGAAGUUCUUGAGGUGGUCUUCGAAAUGCUUCCCCAUGUUGGUUGAGAUCAUGCUGCUGAUAUGGCAACUGGGGGUUUGUGCUGUUUACGUGGUUUUUGUGGCGGAAAAUAUAAAACAGGUCGCAGAUGUUUAUGGCGCUGUCUACGGCAUCCGUAUUCACAUAUGUUUCCUGCUAAUACCGCUUAUUAUAGUGGACCUAAUUAAGUCCCUUAAGUUGCUGACGCCAGUGUCUACCACCUCCAACGUUCUGACACUUCUAGGCUACGUUCUGGUCUUCUUCUAUUUGCUCGAAGAUGACAUUCAGUUUACCGCGGACAAAAUGAAAUUCAAGUCACUCAAUGACGUUCCUUUGUUUAUCGGAACUACCCUGUUUGCGAUGGAAGCCGUCGGCGUUAUCCUGGCGCUAGAGUACAACAUGCAGCAGCCAAAAAAGUUCCUCGGGAUCGCAGGUUUAUUCAACAUCGCUAUGCUUAUCAUCCUGUUCCUCUACACAGUGGUCGGUGUUUGCGGCUACCUCAAAUACGGGGAAGAUAUCAAAGCAUCUAUUACAUUAAAUCUCCCAGCCAGUCAUAAGAAAGCUCAGGCGUCUAAAUUAAUUAUAGCCAUUUCAAUAUUUUUAACCUUCCCGCUGCAGAACUACGUUGCUUGGCAAAUAAUAUGGCAAAAACUUAAAAAGAGAGUUAAGCCGUCGCUGUCCAAAAUUGCCGAUUAUUCGCUGAGGGUAAUACUGGUACUAAUACCGUGGGGGUUUGCUUUAGCGUUACCGAAACUGGGUCCCUUCAUUUCACUAGUAGGCGCAUUUUGCCUGUCGAUCCUUGCACUGAUCUUGCCAGCCUGGCUGGAAGCUUGCGCUUGGUGGGACGAGAAAGGAGCAAGAGGUGUAUUUCGCAAACUAAAAGACCUCAUAAUUGGUGUAAUUGGGACGUUUUGCCUGGUCGCUGGUGUCAUUACUAGUAUAAAAGAAAUUACUGAAUCAACUGAAGCACAUUCUGAAUUGAUGGAUGUAGUUGACGUAGACGUGAAGGAUGCUUUACGGUCUAACGUAUUGCCGGACGCCUUAUCGUCUAUGGCAUCAAAUCUGACUGCAAACAUGACAUCAGCGUUGACUGAAAUGUUGGUAGAUCAGCUGUCCUCGCAGUUAAAUCUGACAUCAAUGUAGCAACCUUACCCGUAGCGCGUUCUCAUCAUUACAAGCCUUUAACGUUAUGAUUAAUUUUUCAUGCGGUACAUGUUGACUUACCUACAAUUUAUUUGUAACAAUUAAUUGUAUAUUAUUUGCUUUAAUAAAAUUUUAAUUUCAUUAAAAA